UACAAGCUAUAACGUGGUGAGAAUAGGGAAGUGUCCAUACCUAUAUACAAGACCGUGGGUAAAACCAUGAAAGUUCGCGUUUAAGAAAGCUUACCACAUGGACUAUAGUGUCAAAUGUAUCAUAUGCUUUACCACGUUUGUUGAGAGUGAGAUUUAUUAAUAAAUAAAACAAAUUUAAUUCCUAGUUUGUUGAGUUAUUGGGGGAAAAUAUAUAGACAUUGUACAGACGACUGUGCUAUCACAAUGGACACAGAACUUGUGGGUUUUGCCAAUCCAAAUGAAGUUGAAGAUGAUGACGAUGAAGAGAUUUCGAAUGGCAAAAAGAAAUUUGCCAAGAAAUCUGGUGGUUUUCAAGCCAUGGGUUUGAAUUUUGAAGUUCUUAAAGGAGUUUUGAAGCGUGGUUACAAGAUACCAACUCCAAUUCAAAGAAAGACAAUUCCUUUAGCUCUUGAAGGCAGAGAUAUUGUUGCUAUGGCUCGUACAGGUAGUGGCAAAACAGCCUGUUUCUUAAUACCGCUAUUUGAGAAAUUAAAAGUGAGACAGGCAAAGACUGGUGCACGAGCUUUAAUUCUCUCACCAACUCGUGAGCUUGCCUUACAAACACUAAAAUUUAUUAAAGAGUUAGGAAGAUUUACUGGAUUAAAAGCUGCAGUGAUAUUAGGUGGAGACAGUAUGGAUAAUCAGUUCAGUACCAUACAUGGUAAUCCAGAUAUUAUUGUAGCAACACCAGGUCGUUUUCUUCAUAUAUGUGUCGAAAUGGAUCUUAAAUUAUCAAGCAUUGAAUACAUUGUUUACGACGAGGCCGACAGGCUCUUUGAAAUGGGUUUUGGAGAACAAAUCCAUGAAAUCUCAAAUAGGCUACCAGAGUCCAGACAAACACUUUUAUUCUCUGCUACAUUACCUAAAGUUCUAGUUGAGUUUGCAAAAGCAGGACUUAGCGACCCCGUUCUAAUACGUCUAGAUGUGGAAAGCAAAUUACCAGAAGAGUUAAAGCUUUCCUUUAUUACAUGCCGCCCUGAAGAAAAAUUAGCAGUGCUCCUAUGCCUGUUAAAAAAUAUUGUAAAACCCAAGUCACAAACUCUAGUAUUUGCUGCUACAAUGCAUCAUGUAGAAUACAUCCACAUGAUCCUAGAUAAAGCGAAUAUCAGCAACACAUUUAUUUAUUCUAAUCUCGAUCCUUCUGCGCGUAAAAUAAAUGCAGCCAAGUUUCAAGCCGGUAGAGUGAAAGUUCUCGUUGUAACUGAUGUUGCAGCAAGAGGAAUUGAUAUACCGCACUUAGACAACGUGAUUAACUAUAAUUUUCCUGCUAAGUGCAAGCUCUUCGUUCAUCGAGUCGGUCGUUGUGCACGUGCUGGUCGUAGUGGAACGGCCUACAAUAUAGUUUCUCCUGAUGAAUACGCCUACCUAUUAGAUUUACAUCUAUUUCUUGGUCGUCCAUUCCACAUAGUUCCAUCAUCAGGCAGUGGAAACAUUCCUGAAGGAGCAAUAGGAAAAAUGCCACAAUCAAUGAUCGAGGAAGAACUUUCUGAAUUAAUGUGUUGGCACGAUAACACCACAGAUCUUAUAAACAUGCAGAAAGUGUGCGACAAUGCUUACCAGCAAUAUAUUCGAUCAAGACCAGGGGCCUCAACUGAGAGUGUCAAAAGAGUUAAAGAGUUACGUAUAUCACAAGCUGGAGUAAUUGCCGAAUAUUGUGAUGUCACACCAGCAGCUGCAGACUUAUUAUCUAGAAUGAAGAAUUACCGACCUCAAGGAACAAUAUUCGAAAUAGGCGCCAAACCAUCCUCGGUAGAUUAUACAGUGAUGAAGGCAAAGAGAGCAAUUCACAAAGAAAGUAUAGCCAAUUAUCAUAGAAAAAUGGAGGAACUGGACGACAAGGCAGCAGACAUUGCAAAAGUAUCAUCAAAAAAGUCAAUACUUCCAUCAAGCAGCGCUGACGAGAUCAGCGCAGCUUUCAGUGAGAUCGUCGCGCCUAAAAAGCGGAAAGUUGACGAUCUCUACAAAAACAUAAAGAAAAAGAAGCGUACGGUCACCCGGGACGAGGAAUUUUAUAUUCCAUACGCAGCACCAGAUAAACAUACAGAGGACGGUCUGGCCGUAAACAGCUUUGCCGCUAAUGCAGACAGAGUACAGUUGGAUUUGUCUGCGGACAACGAAGAGUCCAGGAGGCUUCAGACGCAGUUGAAGAAAUGGGAUCGUAAAAAGAAGAAAAUGAUAACCGUCAGCAAUGACUCAAAGGUUGGUAAAAUCCGUACAGAAUCCGGUGCAUGGAUUCCAGCCACGUACAAGACCAACCGGUAUGCUCAAUGGAAAGAGAAGAGUAAAGUGGAUGCCAUGGAGGAUGAAGAUGACGAGGAUGAACACCCUCGACUACAAAAACUGAGAACUACAGCAAACACUCAUUGGGCGCGGCAUAAUCAAAAGACUAAGGACAAGGCUAAGUCGAAGGCCGAACUGAAGAGACCUGAACAGAUUCUGAAGGCGCGAAAACUCUUGGAGAAGAAACAGAGAAAGCAAGGAAGAAAGAAGGGCAAAGGUCAGAAGAAAGGGAGUAAAAGAGGAUAGACGAUAAUAAAAAUACUUUAAAUAUGCGAAGAAAGUCACUGAAGAGAUUAAAAUCGACAUUGCGAUUUUAAUGUUGCGUUGCAUGACGACUUCAGUAUAACAUUUAUCGAAAUCAUUGUUGCCUGUACGAUCGAUAUCGAUCGGUAAUGAUAAACCGUGUAAUAUUUUUAUAAUAUCAUUGGACCGAUAAUACAUGACGUUAACAGGCGCGUAGAUAUCGUGACAGUACGAAAUAAAAUUUUGUAUAUUUUUUCUGAUACUAAUCCUGUCAUUGAACAAUGUAAAAAUAAUGUAAAUUGACUAUGGACCGUUUGUCGUGGGAAUACAUAUUUGUUUUGCACGAGUA